CCUCAAACUAAAGCCUUUUGUUUGUUCUUCAUUAGUCUUGGUUGGCUCCUGUUUAUCUUCUUUGCUGUUAAUAUAAAGUACCUUCGUUUUGCAAUGGCCACUGUUGAGGUUGUGUCAGCAACACCAGUACUCUCGGAGGAAAAAACAGAGGAACCAAACAAGCCUCAGGAAACAACAACUGAAGAGGUAGUCAUUGCACCACCGGCACCAAAUGCUGCACCAGACGAGCCAAAGGCGACGAAGACUGUCCCCGUGUCAGACAAUCCUCUGGUUGAAGCCCCAGAUGCGGAAGUUGAGACUAGGGAGGUGGUAGAAGAGGCUAAGGUCAAGCCUGAAGAGCCAGUGGAGGAGAAGAAGACAGAAGAUGUGGUUGCAAAGGUGGCACCAGAGCCAGUUGUUGAGAAGCCUGAAGAAACUACAGUGACCACUGAUGCACAGCAACCACCAACGGCACCGAAGCCUGAACCAGAACCUGAAACUCCAAACGUUGAAGCUGUGAAGCCUGUUGAAGAUGAAGAGAAAGCUGAACCAGAAACAGCACCAGCUGAGAAGCCUGAGGAAUAAACCUAUCGAAGUUUGGCAUAGAGAAAAUUCAAAGUUUGUGUAAUUGGCGUUGGGGUGUUUUUUUUCAUGUUAGGGUUUUUUUUUUU